GUUGCUGUGGUCUAGGCCAGCAGCUGCAGCUCUGCUUCCACCCCUAAUAGGGCAACUUCCACAUGCCCCAGGUGCCACCCAAAAAGGAAAAAACAAAACAAAACGAAAUAGAAAAGUGAAACCAGUUUUUCAGUUCCUGCUUGGAAGAUAAAAUCAGACCCUUUUACCACAGUUGGAGCUGAAGUUCUAGGCUGAAGAUUUCAGUCGGCAAACUAGCAGACUCGGGGGAAGAACCUAGUCUACUUUCUCUUCUCUGGAGCAAACUAAAGACAGGAGGCUGGCCUCAAGGAGACAGAAGCACCAGAAGAUGGGAAACUAACUCCAAAAGUCAGCGGCCCUGACAGCCACUAUGGGCCGCACCCACAGCACAUGGAAGCUGUAGCUGCCAGCCUACUCCAUAGCCACAGCAACACUAGAUCCAAGUCACAUCCGCAACCUAUGCUGCAGCUCGCAGCAGUGCCAGAUCUUUAACCCACUGAGCAAGGCAAGGAAUCAAAUUUGCAUCCUCAUGGAUACCACUCAGGUUUUUAACCCACUGAGCCACAACAAGAACUCCCGAUAAGAAACAUUCUAAUGAAAGUAAGCCAUAGACACAGCAGAGUCCACCCCUAAUGAGCCCCUGCUCAGUGGCAACAAGAGGAAAAAUUCCAAGACAUGCAGAGAAAAGCAGGACUGGAAGUUAGCACGGGUUGCCGAAGCUGCAGGAUCACCUGGGUUUGACCUGUACCAAGGCCUAACGAGAAAGACUUCCGAAGGCUGAAAUACUAGGCACAACAUCCCUGGAGAAAAGGGCCCUGGACAAGCUGCUUCUUAACCUGUCACACUGAAUCAUUCAGAGUUACAAGAAUCUCGGGUAGAAACAAUAAAUAAAAGCAAAAGCAGGCAGAACAGGAACUAGAGGAGAAAGAGACUUGCUGUCAGAAGGGAGGCAGCGAAAUGAAUAGGCAGUGAGGAGAAAGGAGGCAGAGCUGAGGCAGGCAGUGGAGAUCCCCAAAGAGUUCUGGCCACCACCUGAAAAUUCCCUAAGAGAAGUCAUGGAAAACAUGCAGAGACAACUCGACCUCAUGCAGAAGAGACUGUCUCCCAGGAAAAUACUCUCCGAUAGAGAACUGCUGAGAUGGGCAUCUGGAGGACUAGCCCUGCAAGGAAUUUACAAAACCAGUGACCAAAAGGCCCUGAUAGAGAAAAGGGAGGAGCUACUCAGUGUCCCUAAGGAGUUCUCCCUCUGUGGCCCCCAGCAGGGUACACGGAUGGAAACAAAACAAUUUACGUCUUCCCAAGCAGAAUCCAUGUUCACAGAGACUAUGGAGAAGCUGGGCUUCAGUGUAACUGCCUCAGCAAAGGGUGGAGCUUGGGGAUGGAGCCUGGAAUCUAGUACGGAUCACAGAAAACAUUCAGAAUCCAAGGAAACCCAACACUCACAGGCUGAGCUCUCUUACUUCUGCUCAACCAAGUUCAGCUACAUCCCACUGGCCUCCUACCACUUUCCCAUUGAUCAGCUCCACUUCUCCAAGGCUGCGCUCCAGGAACUGAAAUGCAUUGAAGACCUUCUGGGUCAGCCCGAGGACCCAGACAGACUCCCCCUGCUGAGGCGCAGGACUGAAGACUUCUUCCGCAGGUUUGGCUCUCAUGCUGACCAGGGCCCUCUGCACCUGGGAGGAAUCUACUGGUGGAAAGCAGUUUCAGAGGGUUUCCAAAGAGAGCAGCUGGAAGAAGUGAAGCAGCAGUCAGCAGAGGCCCUGGAUGCUUAUGUAACGGGCAGCUACAGUGGCUUUGGGGUGAAUGUUGCUGCAGGUGUGGAUGUGUCAGACGCUCAUUCAAAAACAGGCUCUCAGAGAACAAAUGUCCAAAAUCUUCAAACCAAAGUCCAAUUAUCUGUGGCACACACAGGUGGCCCACCUGAAGCAAACGGUCUGCUGGAGUGGAAAGCUGGCCUGGUCGCCAGUAACCAAACCUGGUAUGUCAUUGACCGGGGACUUCAGCUGGUGCCCAUUUGGGACAUGAUCCUCUUUAACCACAGAAGCGACUUUAAGGAUCCUCUUCAGGUGGCCAACUGCCUGAAAGACAGCUACGCCGCGCUGACUGGUCUGACUGCCCAGGUCCAGGAGGGAGAAGAACUACUGAGUGCUCAGGAGGAGGCCAGGGUUUUCCUAAAGGAUGUGAGAUCCUGGGAGGUAUCUGAUCCUGAAGAGCAGCUUAAAAAGCUAAGAAAUUUCAGGCAAACCUUGAGCCACAAAACCAAAAGUCAUGACACUUGGACUAAUAUAUGCCUCACAGAUUCGGGUCUGCAGAAUUUUCUGGUGAACACUGUCAACUUUUGCAGAAAGUCUUCCAUUUCUGAGACGAAAUUUAUUAAAUCUCAGUUGCGCAGCCUCUUGGAUCCUCACGUCUACACAGGGUCAAACUUUCCGCAGGUUCACUCCAUUAUGCAGUGGAUAUAUCAGCCAGAACCAGAGCGAGAACAUCUCACCAUCACCCAAUUCUCUGAAUUAAUUGAAACCUUUAAAAAAACCCAGGAUGACCUACUGGAAGUGAAGGCCACAUCGGAGUCCACAGAAUCCGUGGAGGAAGCUCAAAGAAAGGCGACAUACGAGGUCAGCAUGUCUCUCGGCUGCUUCUUCAAUCACCUCCAAGAAAUGGGGCAGGCAGACACAUACAUCCUGCUACUCUCCAUUGCAGCUGGGGCAGGAUAUCACGUGGUAAACAAUACAUUUCAGUGCCUUCUGGGCUACGAUGACAUAGACUUCCUACUGCACACAAUGCAAACUGCCCAAGAUAAAUAUCAAGAGCUCAAAACUAUUUGCGAUUAUAGGGCUCAGGCUUUCCUGGUGCUCACAGGUCUGACAGCUACAGCUGGCAUCAAAGCCGUUUCUCCAGAGGAGAAGAAACAACGCUUGGCAUUAAUACGACAUCACAUGGGACAAUCGUUCUCUAAAGAAGUCAUUCACGUUCUCACCAAAGCGGGAACAGGUCCUAAUUGGGAAAUCCUAGAAAAAGACUUGAGAUUGCUCGUUGAUGGAGAUUAUGAAGCCACUGUCCCUUCACUGCAAAUGGAGGAGGUGAGAAAACAACUGCAAAGUCUCCUCCAUGAAGACAAAGAGCCCCGUGAACUACAUGAUGAUGAAAACAACAGACCGGAGGUCAUGGAGAACGGAGCCUUCCUAGAAUUACUCCAGCGUCUCGGCCUAGAACAUUCCUACCCAAAAAAGAUGAGCAGGUCUAACUUCCACCUGAUCCAUAAGACUUCCGUGUACAACACCCAGCCCUGCUCUGAAAGAGAGCUUCCUUUCUACUUCCUACAGAAGCUGAUGAUGCUGGACUACGGCCUGAGAUACCUGGUCAUCAGAGAUGAGGAGUACGCAGAGGAGCAGGUGUGCUCAAGCAACACAGGUCAAGAAAAUGCAGAUUUUGAUCCGUACGAAGACCUUGUGGAAGACAAGGACGGUCCCACUCGACCUUCAGCCACUGCUGUCAAGCCCCAUGUUCACCCUAUGGACAUUCAGAUGGCGAUCCUUCACUGUGCAGAUGACUUUGCCAGACAGUAUAUUUUGGCCAAGCUUGCCAUUUGUCAGUUUGCCCUCCCCCUCCUCAUACCUCACCCCUGCAAUGCUCAAAUACAAUUCUCUCUCUGGUCCCUCCGUCAAAUUAGGAGGAGCUGGCAGCAAGCAGGGAAACCAACAGAACAGGAGAAGGAUAAUUACAAGAAUCAGCAGAUGUGUCGAGUCUCUACCCCCAUUGUGUCCUUUAUCAGAGUCGGAAAGGGCUUCUCUGCCUCCAAAUCUCAGAUCAUGAACUCUCUGCUCAGUCAACGGAAACACGAUGUCUUUUUUCACCGACACUGCAAAGGGAGCAGCAGGGACUGUCUCUUGAUGGCAGGUGUGGUGGAAGUCACCUGGUUCUGUCCUGGGGCGGGAGAUGAGGACAGGUUUGACAACUGCUUGACCUUCACCAAUCUCCGUGGAGAUGCGAAGGAACACAAACAGCAACUCACCUUUUUGCAGGAGGUCUCCUCUCUCAUUGUGGUCCUCAUGUCAACGUCUGAUGACAACCAAGAAAGCCGAAAAGUUGUCCGGGCGCUGUGUCAGUCGCCGAAACCUUUAAUCUGUUUGCUUGACGAUAAGGAAAAAGCCAUGUCCAGUACCUCUGGCCCGAGAGUGAGAAUUGGGAUCAGGAACAGAAAUGAGGCAGAAUUCAUAGAGGAGCUCGCAACUACAAUCAGAGGGUUGCUAAAACCCUCUGACACUGCUCUCAGCUUGGAAAACUGUGCUCAAGUUGCUCGCAAGCAAGGAAUGCUUAUUGAUGAAGACCAGGAAGACUGCAAGGAAGCCAAAACCAAGGCAGAGGCUCUAAUGGCCCUACUGGAAGACAUGGAAAUAGCUCAGAUGAAGGAAAACCUACUGCCCCUUCAGGGAGAACUGUGGCAACUUUGGUGCAAAAAAGACAAAGAACUCUAUCACCUGAGAGAAAAGGGGAAUCGGAGCAUUGAACAGCACAAGAGUGACAUCGAGACAGACAAACAAAUGAUACGACUUCGACAGUUGAGAAAAGCCUUUCCUCUCAAUGACUUAAUGCAUUCUGUCCUCGGAAUUCUCCAAAAACAUUCCGAAACUCACACCAAACUCUACUUCUUGCAAUGGCUGAGUGUGUUUUUAGACAACCUGACUGCAGGACACUUGGAGAAACUAAAUGAGAAGAAAGAGCAACUGUGGUCACGGGUCCAAAAAGAAAAGCGAGAGGCACAAAAGAGCAGCUCCCUGAAAGGCCUGCAAAAUGAGUUGGAAGCUAUCUCCAGAAAGAUUAGUGACUGUACCUUGGGAGUUGAGCAGAUUCUCAGAGAACUUGGCCAGAUCUACGAAGUUCUUGAAGAAGGUUUCUCCACAAAAGAUAUCUCGUUUCUCUCCCUUCCCCACAUGGCCGCAGAUCUGAUGCUAUCUGGUGUUCCCAUUGAGCUGAUGGAUGGCGAUGCUUCAUAUGUGCCCCUGAGGUGGGUGGCAGCUGUUUUUGACAAGGUCUCUGAGAAACUUGGAGACAAACGGCUCUUUGUUCUCUCUAUCCUUGGUCUGCAGAGCUCAGGGAAGUCCACCCUACUGAAUGCAAUGUUUGGGCUGCAGUUCACUGUCAGUGCUGGGAGGUGUACCCGGGGGGCUUACAUGCAGCUCCUGAAGGUGGAGGAGACGUUCACAGACGAACUUGGCUUUGACUUUCUUCUUGUUGUGGACACGGAAGGCCUUCGGGCACCUGAACUCAGCAACAAGUCCCAGAAUCACGACAAUGAGUUGGCAACUUUUGUCAUCGGCCUUGGCAACUUAACUGUGAUCAAUAUUUUUGGGGGAAAUCCAUCGGAAAUGCAAGAUAUUCUACAAAUAGCUGUCCAAGCCUUCCUGAGGAUGAAACAAGUAAAAAUCUCUCCCAGCUGCCUCUUUGUCCAUCAGAAUGUGGGCGAAGUUACAGCUAAAGACCAAACCAUGGAAAGACGGAGGCGGCUAGAGCAGAGACUGGAUGAAAUGGCAGCCACAGCAGCUGAGGAGGAACAGUGCUCUGAUGUCGGCCGCUUCAGUGACGUCAUUAAGUUUGAUGUCAAUACUCACGUCUACUACUUCGCUCACCUCUGGGAUGGCAACCCCCCCAUGGCCCCUCCCAAUCCGCACUACAGCCACAAUGCCCAGGAACUGAAAAGCAGGAUCCUUGCAACUGCCAAACAGGAGGCAAGGGGAAGCAUCAUGAAGAUAUCAGAUGUCAAAUUCCGAGUUCAGGAUCUGUGGAAAGCCCUGCUGAAUGAGAACUUUGUUUUCAGCUUCAGGAAUACCCAAAAGGUUUCGAGAGGUUACAGCUAUGAGCAAACUGGAAACCAUGUAUAACAAAUGGACGUGGGAGCUGAGGAGUCAUGUGCUGAGCCUGCAGGACCAGCUGAUCAACCAGAUUCAGGAUGGAAAAAUCCACACACUUGAAGCACACACACUUGCGGCUCCCGUUACAGACAAGUAUGAGGCCAUCAAGCAAGAACUUGAAAAAUAUUUCAGUGAAGAUCCAGAUAGUGAAGUGCUGGUUCAAUGGAAGGGAAAUUUUGAAAAUAAGCUAAUGAUCCUUAAAGAGUCACUAAUUUCAGACAGCCAAAGAAAAGCCAAAGAAUUUAUUUGCUUUAAAAAAAAAAUCAAGAAAACCUGGACAACAAAAAAUCAGGUUAUGAAAAGGAAUUAUUGGAAAAAAGCCGAAAUUUGGCUUUAUUUAUAAAAGGCUUAGAAUGCAGUGAGGAAGAGCUACGUAAGAAAUUCAACCCACUUUGGAAAAAAUGGGUCUAUGAUGUGUCCUCGACUCUCCCUCCAGUCACAGAGCCUGGGAUUGAAGUGGAUGCUGAAAACAUCCUUUUGGAUUAUUUCAAAAAGGACAAAGAUAUAGCAAACAGACUGAAGAAAAAAUCUGGAGGAAAUUUUCAUACCAAGUUUGCUGAACAUGUAAAGAUGAACAAGACAUAUUUCGGUUUGAUUACAAUAACAUUAGAGGCCCAGGAUAAAGCAUCCAUACAUAUGACUACUGACUGCAUUCUUUCAAAAUUUAAUGAGACGAUUAACAAUAUCUGUAGGCAAAAGCAUGAUUACGAUCCAAGCUAUUUCCAUGAAAUCCUGAGAAUAAUAGAUGAGGAGGUUAAAUCUGCACCCACUCAGGAAAGAUACACAUUUACAAGAAACUAUGAAAUAGAUUUGUCAUUGUGUUUAUUCCAAAGAGCAUCGGUGAAGUUUAAGGAGAUGCACAAGGCAUUCAAGAGAGCAAAUGAUCCUGCCAACUAUCUGGAAAGCAAGAAAGAUGAUUUCUUCAUGAGUUUUAAGAUCUCCUGUCAAGGAGCAACCUCAAUCAAAACAUUUGUCGAUUUCCUGUGGAACAAACUCACCCCUGCUGUCUCCAACACCAUAAGGAAAAAAAUGGCCCCCCAAAUUGCUGGGGACAUGCGAGCCACCUACCCAGCAUUCAGUGGAAACAGGUCUAACCUGGAGAAACACAUUCUCAGCUCUCUGGCACAAGAGGAAAAUUUUAAUAACUACUGGCAGUACCUCCAUAAUCCUCAAUCGUUUUUUAAGAAUUACAUCGAAAACCAGAUUAAAAGCUACUGUUCUGACAAAGGGAGUGAAAAAAUGAAGACUUUUUUAAAAAUGAGUUUAGAUGCCAUCAAGAAUGACAUCCUCUCAGCUAUUCACGAAGCCACAGAAAUAGCUAAAGAUAAAAGGAGCACUGCGUCUGGGUGGUUGGAUUUGUUCUGUGAUAAACUGAGGAGUGACUUGAUCUUUCCACGAAAAGCACCAGGAGAUAAAAGAUAUGGAGUUUCUCAAAGAAGCCAUGUGUAAAGCUUUGGAUCCUGAAAUGAACAGAGUAGAACAGAACUGUCUGUAUAUGCCUGUAGAUGAAAUGGUUCCUGAAAUCCAGAAAAUGCUCUCUGAGCAUCUCUCUGGCUGCUGGAAGCAGUGUCCCUGCUGUAGAGCAAUUUGUACAAACACAAUCCCUACCCAUGAUGGAGACCACAGUGUUCCCUUCCAUCGUCCGCAGGCUGUCAGUGGAAUUUCCUGGUACAAAACAAACAACUUUGUCCUUGAUUACUGCACUAGUUUGGUGGCAAGUGAUUGUUUCUUGGUUUUGGACAAUGAUAGGCACAUCCCAUAUAAGAACUAUCGACAGGCGGGAGGGGACUACGCCAAGUGGAGCAUCACCCCAGACACAUCCGCCCAGCCAUACUGGAAAUGGUUUGUCUGCCACUUCAGAUCAAAACUUGAAGAAAAAUAUCAAAAGAGAUUUAUAGGUAAAGGUAAAAUUCCCGAUGAAUGGGAAAAAAAUCACAAAACAGAAUGUGCUUGAUGACUUGAAAUAAAACUAAUACUCCACACUCCAAAGAGAGCCCCGGGAUCUGAAUAAAAGAGGCACCUUAACUGACCAAGGCGAAAAUACCACCUCCUCAUCAUGAAAACCUUCAUUGUACCUAUUUUACAAAUGAAACAUUUGAAGCUAAAUCAAUUAACAAGAAGAAGUUGAAGAUUUGCUCUGAAAGGAUUUCAUUUCCUUUCUCUCAAUUCCUUCUGGUUUAAAAACAUGUUACUAAAAUAUAUGAACACAUGAUAAUAUCAAAUACAAUCCACUUAAAAUACCUACUUCAUAUUUUAAACUAUUAUGAGAAUGUUUUUUAUUUUUAAUGUAUAAUGUUAUAUGAAAUGUCAAAUGAUUCAUUUUCAUAGAGGGACAUUAAAAGCACUGCAGACUGCUACAAAUUCUAUAGAAUAACUAUAUGACUAUUUCUACAAAUAUCCAGUUCUUGACUGGAAGCUACAAAUUGUCUUCAUUUCUAAGUAUAUUUUUUUGCCCUUUGUAUUUGUGAGUAAAAGUUAUUAAUGCUUUAAUGCAAAAAUAUUCCUGGAAAGUUCAUGAUUCCCACAUAUUGUGACGUUUUGGCAUAUUCUGUUCUAGGGGGAAAAAAGCUGAAACUGGAUCAGCAAAGAGUCUGCAUAAAUUCAGGAAAUAUUAUCAAGCAAAUAUAGAAAAAAGAAAUCAAAUAACAGGUUUUCUCAUCUAACCAUAACCCUCUUCUUCCCUGGUACCUUGGCAGUUUCCUCAUUUAAAAAAAAAAAGGAGAAGAAAAGGAAAGCAGGAAAAAUAAAAGAAAAAUUCACCAAAGCUUAGGUCUUAAAAGCCUAAGGCUAUGUACAAGUCUGGAAAGGACUGGCUUUGGAACAAGACUUAGGACCAGGUAAAAAGGACAUUUUAAUCAAGGCUGUGGACAAGGUCAAAUGUGAUUAAAUGAUUAAUUUUUUAAAAACUAUCUCCUCAAGAUUAAAAUAUAAAAGAAUAUAUAGUUUUUACAUGAUGAUAUUUCAAUAAGAAAUGUUUUUUAUAUAUUGCAAUGUGAGCAAAUGCUUAUCUCCAAAUUAGGCAAACGUGGCUUUUCAUACUAUUUGAGCCAUAGGGUCAUGAGCAGAAGUUAAAAUAAAAAACAUUCUGAAGCUAACCAAGUGCCUGAGAGGAGAAAGAAAUCACCAUUCUGCAAACCUAUACCUUCUGAAACAAUGACUUAUGCUAUAUUCUCAAAGCUGAUGAUCCAAAGAAUCUUGAUGUAAAGGAAAUUUCUUCAUGCCUAACAUAAGGACAUUCACUGGCUUUCAUAUAAGGCCACAGUCUCUAUCCCUCCUUAGCCAGUGAAAACAAGACAGUCCAAGGAACAGCAGUCAAUGGACUUGAAUCUUCAGAGCUGGAAGAUAGGUGUGUCGGCUCUGUUGUCUUUGUGCCCUCAAGAACUUCAAGCCUUUUCUCAUUUUCAAGUCAAAUGACCAUGUCUCCAGAAGAAAAAAAAAAAAUCCUGAAACAGAAAAAUUAUAAGGGACAUAGAUGUUCUUGAAAAGUAGGGUUUUCCUUUUGGUCUAUAAAAAAUAGUCUCAGUGAGAGUUGGAAGCACCUUCUGAUAGGAUAAAAUUUAAAUAGUGAUUUAAAUAGAACUCAUCAUAACACAGCAUCUAUCUCUGACAUCACUGCAUCCUUGAAAAACUCCAAAGUUAACAUUUCUUAAAUGCCUUUCAUAUUUGUUUAAUGAAUCCAUAAAAACUCUUAACUAAGAAUAGUACACAUUAUAUGUAAACUUUUAUUUUCAAGCCAAAAUUGUGGUAUAUAAAUAAAAACAUUUUGGAUAAAUCCCUCAAGUCUUUAAGCAAGUGAUUAUUAAAUGAAAUUCAGAGGCUAUGGUCAAGAAUCCUCCUCCUCCCAAAAAACUGGCAAGAAAUAAGUUGGGAUGGGGAGAAGAUGGCUAUGUAGGAACGGUAUUUUCUGUGAUAGCAGUGGAGAGAGUAACGUUGCCAUCAACAUAGGGUCAAGAUUAAGGGAAUACAGGAGUUCCCGUCGUGGCUCAGUGGUUAACGAAUCCGACUAGGAACCAUGAGGUUGCGGAUUCCAUCCCUGGCCUUGCUCAGUGGGUUAAGGAUCUAGCAUUGCCAUGACCUGUGGUGCAGGUUGCAGACAUGGCUCGGAUCCCGGGUUUCUGUGGCUGUGGCGCAGGCCGGCGGCUACAGCUCCAAUUCGACCCCUAGCCUGGGAACCUCCAUAUGCCGUGGGAGCGGCCCAAGAAAUGGCAAAAAGACCAAAAAAAAAAAAGAUUAAGGGAAUACAGGGUAAAUGGGCUGGAGUCACUGAGGGAGAUCUCAGGAGCAGUGGAGUGGGUGGAAUGGAGUCAGGAGGGAUGAGAAUCAUAUGAUCAUCAGGAAUAGGAGGCACUGGGGGUGCAAUCAAUGGAUACAGAACUCACAUCUCCCCACAGACACCUCAAAAAUGCAUCUACAUAUGGCAAAAUUCUCAUCGAAAACUUACUGGAGACUGGCAGAAA